AUGCGUCACUCAUGGAAUGUCAAAGCAUCUAGUCAAAUGGAAAAACCGAGAUUUGUUAUUGUUGGUUUCCAAACAAACAGAGAAAAUGACAGUCAAAAAAAUAAGAGUCAAUUCGAUCACUGUAAUCUCGCCAAUAUGAAACUUUACCUGAACUCUGAAGUGUAUCCCUAUGAGAAUUUGAAUCUAAAUUUCAAUAAAUAUCAAUUUUCUGUUAUAUAUGAGAUGUAUGCACGAUUUCAAGAGUCAUAUCACUACAAAAACUCUGGUGAACCUUGUCUAACACUAUCUAAAUUUCAUGACAUAGCACCAUUAAUUGUAAUAGAUUGUAGUCGACAAAACGAAACUUUAAAGGCAGGUAGUGUGGAUAUUUGCCUCGAGUUUGAAACAAAUCAAAAUAUUCCUGCAAACACUUCUGCCUAUUGUCUUAUAUUACAUGAUCGUCUAGUAAGGUACAACCCUCUCACUAAUGUAAUAAAAAUAUCGUAG